AUGUCUCGCCAGUCAACUAUGUCCUUCCGGAGCGGGGGCAGCCGCAGCUUCAGCACUGCCUCUGCCAUCACCCCGUCCGUCUCCCGCACCAGUUUCACCUCCGUGUCCCGGUCUGGGGGUGGCGGCGGUGGCGGCUUUGGCAGGGUCAGCCUCGGGGGUGCUUACGGUGCCGGUGGCUUUGGCAGCCGGAGCCUCUACAACCUGGGGGGCUCCAAGAGGAUUUCCAUCAGUGCCAGCGGAGGUGGCUUCAGGAACCGAUUUGGUGCUGGUGCUGGAGGCGGCUAUGGCUUUGGAGGUGGAGCCGGGAGCGGAUUUGGUUUUGGCGGUGGAGCUGGCGGUGGUGGCUUUGGGCUUGGUGGUGGAGCUGGCUUUGGAGGUGGCUUCGGUGGUGCUGGCUUCCCUGUGUGCCCCCCUGGAGGCAUCCAAGAGGUGACUGUCAACCAGAGUCUCCUGACUCCCCUCAACCUGCAAAUCGACCCCACCAUCCAGCGGGUGAGGACUGAGGAGCGGGAGCAGAUCAAGACCCUCAAUAACAAGUUUGCCUCCUUCAUCGACAAGGUGCGGUUCCUGGAGCAGCAGAACAAGGUCCUGGACACCAAGUGGACCCUGCUGCAGGAACAGGGUACCAAGACUGUGAGGCAGAACCUGGAGCCUUUGUUCGAGCAGUACAUCAACAACCUCAGGAGACAGCUGGAUAGUAUCCUUGGGGAGAGAGGCCGCCUGGACUCAGAGCUCAGGAACAUGCAGGACUUGGUGGAGGACUUCAAGAACAAGUAUGAAGAUGAAAUCAACAAGCGUACUACUGCCGAGAAUGAGUUUGUGAUGCUGAAGAAGGAUGUGGACGCUGCCUACAUGAACAAAGUGGAGCUAGAGGCCAAGGUCGACGCACUGAUGGACGAGAUCAACUUCAUGAAGAUGUUCUUUGAUGCGGAGCUGUCCCAGAUGCAGACACAUAUCUCAGACACAUCCGUGGUCCUGUCCAUGGACAACAACCGCAGCCUGGACUUGGACAGCAUCAUUGCUGAGGUCAAGGCCCAGUACGAGGACAUUGCCAACCGCAGCCGCACAGAAGCUGAGUCCUGGUACCAGACCAAGUAUGAGGAGCUGCAGCAGACUGCAGGUCGCCAUGGCGAUGAUCUCCGUAACACCAAGCAUGAGAUCUCUGAGAUGAACAGGAUGAUCCAGAGGCUGAGAUCCGAGAUUGACAACGUUAAGAAACAGUGUGCCAACCUGCAGAACGCCAUCGCUGACGCUGAGCAGCGCGGGGAGCUGGCCCUCAAGGAUGCCAGGAGCAAGCUGGCAGAGCUGGAGGACGCCCUACAGAAGGCCAAGCAGGACAUGGCACGUCUGCUGAGGGAGUACCAGGAGCUGAUGAACACCAAGCUGGCCCUGGACGUGGAGAUCGCCACCUACAGGAAGCUGCUGGAGGGCGAGGAGUGCAGACUGAGUGGAGAAGGAGUUGGACCAGUCAACAUCUCUGUCGUCACAAACACCGUUUCCUCAGGCUACGGUGGUGGCAGUGGCUUUGGAGGUGGCCUUGGCGGUGGCCUCGGCGGAGGCCUGGGCGGAGGUCUGGGCGGAGGCAGCAGUGGCAGUUUCUACUCCAGCAGCGGUGGGGGUGUUGGCCUAGGCGGUGGGCUCAGUGUUGGGGGCUCUGGCUUCAGUGCAAGCAGUGGCCGGAGCUUGGGCUUUGGCAGUGGUGGGGGCAGCAGCUCCAGCGUCAAAUUUGUCUCCACCACCUCCUCUUCUCGGAAGAGCUUCAAGAGCUAA